AUGAUUAUAGACAAUGUCGAAGCUUUGAAGUCGUGGCUGGCUAAACUACUUGAGCCAAUAUGCGAUGCUGACCCGUCUGCGCUAGCCAACUACGUGGUAGCUUUAGUUAAGAAGGACAAACCUGAGAAAGAACUGAAAGCACUUUGUGCUGAUCAACUGGACGUCUUCUUGCAAAAAGAAACCACAGGAUUUGUCAAUAAACUCUUUGAAUGUUUAACAACCAAAAAUUACCUGGGAAGCACACCUGUUAAAGAGGAUCCUAAAGAAGAAACGAAAGCCGCAGUGCAGAAGGUCGAGGAAAAAGACGAGGUGGGUCACGUCGACGAUGACAGAGAGAAUCGGCGGAGAAGAAGUCCUCUAAGGAACCGUUCUGAGUUCAAUGAAUCAAGGUCCAGGGACGACCGGAGGCGAGACGAUCGAAAGAGGCGCGACGCCGACCGUCACGGGAAGGGCAGCGACUCGUACCGCGAGCGUCACGAGCGGCGCGGGGGGAACUCCCGGGGGCGGAGCUACAGCCGAAGCCACAGUCGCAGCCGCAGUCGUAGCGGCAGCCGCGGCAAGAGCAGGGACAGGGAGCACAGAGGAAGAGAGCAUCGGUCCAAGUUUGAACUGGAGAGGAAAGAGGCGGAGCUGUACAACCCCUCCACCUCCAUCACCGUCGGCAACUCCCAGCAGCCACAGCACCAACCGCCGCAGGGCCCACCCCCCAUGAUGCCUCUGCCCCCUCUCCAACACCCGUUCCCCUCCUCGGGGGUCCCCGUGGUCCCCAGCGUGGUUACGGUGGCGGCGCCGGCUCACCUGCCGGAUAGCACCACGGAGAGCUGGUCAGGUUACUACCCCAACCACAACCACGGCAAGAGCGGUGCACUGAAGCACCGGUGCAGGGACUACGACGAGAAAGGUUUCUGCGUCCGAGGUGACCUCUGCCCUUUUGACCACGGAAAUGACCCGCUGAUUGUGGACGACGUCACGCUGCCCGCUAUGAUCCCGUUCCCUCCGCCGCCCGGGAUGCCCCCCGCCCGGAUGCCCAUGCCUCCCAUGACGGAGCCGCCCCCAAACCUGCGCAUGCCCCCGCCCCCUCACGCCCAGCCCCCUCCUCCAGGGAUUUACCCCAUGCCAGGGCCACCGUUAGUACCAACGAGCGUGAUUCAUACACCAGCCCAAUCGGGGACGAGCGCAGCCUCCUCUUUGGCCCCGCCUGGAGUGGGACCACCUCCUCCUCCUCCUCUUCCUCCUUCUCUUUCUUCUCCUUCCUCCUCCUCCUCCUGCUCUGGUCCUCUCCGUCCUCACUACACUGUGUCCGAAUAUAACUACGAUCCGGAGGCGUAUAACCCAGAGUCUCCGGGCAUUACCGGAGCGGGUCGACCUCAGUACCGACAGUUCAUCCCUCGUAUCCAGACCCAGCGGUCGAACCUCAUCGGACUCACCUCGGGAGACGUCCAGACCUCCAGAGCGGCCAACAUUGUGAUCCAGACAGAGCCAUCAAUAACGAAUGCGUCGAGCGGAGAGGCCAGACACAGCGGGGAGACGGAGAACAGGAAAAGGCCCAUGACCGGCACAGACGGUCCCCAGGCUAAAAAACCCUGGAUGGACAAGCAAAAUUUUAACAACCAGCAUUCAAAACCCAGCUUCCCGAAGAAGAACCACUAUGUCAACACCAAGCUCGAGGUUCGCAAAAUCCCCCGCGAACUGAACAAUAUCACUAAACUAAACGAGCAUUUCAGCAAGUUUGGGACUAUCGUCAACAUUCAGGUUGUGCUUGGGGGCGACCCGGAAGCGGCUCUGAUCCAGUACACAGCCAAUGAGGAGGCACGGAGAGCCAUCUCCAGCACAGAGGCGGUGCUUAACAAUCGCUUCAUUCGUGUUUAUUGGCACAGGGAAGAGCAACAAGAGCAGGGGACCAAUCAAAACCCUGCCACGGGAUCCCAACACAACACAGCACCACACAAGGUGGUUAGCAAGCAGCACAGCCCAGGAGCAUAUGUGCUGAACAAAACCUUCCCCAAACAGAGACCGACCGCUGGGACAGGAACCGCCGGCACUGUGGACCCUGUUAACCCAACCCCAGAGCCCUCAACGACGGCAGCGCCUGCGUCUAGCCUGCAGAAAGGACCCUACACACGCACAGUCUUAAAAGCUUCCUCAAAGUCACUGGGGAAAACCGGCAAAGCACUGGAGGCCCAGGAAGUGCUGAAGAAGAAACAGGAAGCAUUGAAACUGCAGCAAGACAUGAGAAAGAGAAAACAGGAGAUGCUGGAGAAACAGAUAGAAUACCAAAAGGUGCUGAUAAACCGUUUGGAGAAGAACCGGGGAAUGAAGCCAGAGGAAAGGGCAAACAUCAUGAAGACGCUGAAGGAACUGACGGAGAAGAUCUCUCAGCUGAAAAACGAAAUCAGCCCGGCCUCCGUGUCCGGUGCCGGUACCCCUCAGGCCAAGACCAAGACCGACGCUCAGAGGGAGCUGCUGGACGCGGAGUUGGACUUUCAUAAGAAGCUGACUUCAGGAGAAGACACCACAGACCUGAAGAAGAGGCUGGGGCAGCUACAAGUCGAGGCAACGAGGUUGGGUCUGAUACCAGCAGGGCGUGCCAAGGUGACCCCCACGCGUGGACGAAUCAGAGGACGGGGGCGGAGCCUGCGGGGUCGUGGAGGGGGCAGUCACAUGGUUGUAGAUCACCGGCCACGGGCUCUGACCAUCCUGGGCGUCACGCAGGAGGAGAAGGAGGAGCUGAUGCCGCACUUUGUGAAAUUCGGAGAGGUUGAGGAGCUUCGUGACCAAGAUGCCAACAGUGUCGUCAUGACGUUUAAGACGCGCGGUGAAGCGGAAAACGCUGCGAACCAAGGGGCAAAGUUCAAAGGGCGUCUUCUCCAGAUCUCCUGGUACAAACCCAAAACUCCAUCCGUCUCCGCGGAGCCUGAGGAAGAGGAGGCAAAGGAGGACGUGCACACGGAUCCCGUUAGCCCUUUCUUGCUCCCAGAGGAAGAGGAGGAGGAUGAUGACGAAGACGAUGAGAACGAGAGCCGCUCGUGGAGACGAUGAA